AUGCAGAUGCUUGGACUGUUUGGCAUGGCUCCCGCUGUCACUCCUGAACUCCAACGGCUUAUGUUUGAAAAUCAAUUAGCCAUGGCUAAUCCAUUUUUGGCAAGUACACUAUGGAAUUUGCCUGUUCAACCCGCUCCACCUCAGCUUCCUCUGCAAAGCACAAAACCGCCCGAGCCUCAAGGUGAAACUCGUCCUCGAGAGGAGCAACCACUAGAUUUGAGUAGAAAAUCGGGAUUGGAAGCAAUUAUCGACAUUGAAACUGCCAAUUAUAGCCACAAACAGCGAAAGCAUCAACAACAUCAGCAAAAUUUUACGACAGUAGAAAAGGAACCGGCUAGUUCGGAGGAUUUGCUAAGAAACGGGUACGGUAUGAAACGGAAUUAUAGUCAAGUGGAUCUAACGGCAGCUGUCAAUGAUAUACGAUGUGGGCGAUUAGGGACAAGGCGGGCAUCUGUAGUAUAUGGAAUUCCUCGAUCAACUUUGAGAAAUAAAAUAUACAAACUAGAAGCAGCAGAAGAAAUGGCUGGACAAGUUCCAAUGAGUAAAAGAAGGCGACCUGGCGGACAGAGCAAUGCCGAGAAGAAACUUGCUGAGCAGGUUGAACGGCAGAAAAAGGCCUCUACCCCAGUUACUGAUUGUUCAUCUAUAUCUCCGAGCAGUGAUGGAACUGAAGGAGAGAAAACUGAUAAUCCAGAAAAUCGCUGGGAUAGCGAUUGGACUACAAACCUCUGGCAGAGCCUCUUCAGCCAAACUACGACAAGCAUGGCUGGUGACAAUAUUGGUACGUCUUCGAAAGAAGAUGUCAAGAAAGAAGAUCUCUCGGAAUGGAAGAAAAGUCGACCAAAACGUGGACAAUACAGGUAA